ACGAACUCAAGUUACUAUUAACAAAUUAACUCGCUUGAGUUUCUCUCAUGAUUAAGUUUUUGUUUUCAACUCCCGGUCUUCGACGAGGCAGAGCCUCUUCAUGGGUACUGUACUGUACUGUGAAAGCUUCUCAUCUCAUUCUUUUGUAUGACCUUUGCUGGGUAUGUCGAUCAUAACGAACCAGAGAGUGUUGCAAUAUCUCGAUUCUCCAGAAUUGUGGUGCCUACGCAAAGGUGGCGAGAUACGUUUUCCGAGCAGCCCGCCGAGCCUCCGUACUCAUCGUUUCCCAUCUACAUGACGACUGAAAUAAAUUUGCUUACUUAUCUAUGGGCUUACGUUCCGCUUUGCUCCCAAUCCCUCCUGCCAAGAGCUUGUCCCAUCCAUCAAGUACGUACAGAUGGCAAAGAAGAGCACGACGCCAAGGACUAAUGAUGCCCGAAGUCCCAAAGGCAGGAAAGGCAAGCCGACGGGUAAGGGAUCUAAACCAAGGAAGCAAAACGCAUGGGUAAGGAUAACUCAGAAGCUAUUUGGAAGGCAGAUAGAAGAAAAAGUGGAGAAGUAUGCAGUCAAAGACCCGAGGUUCUACAUUGACGAGCGAACUGGAAAAAGAAAAGAGCGACCGAUCCCCAAAGGCCUCACGAAAGAUGAAGAGGACUUGCUGGCGAAGGUGCGGAAGCGAGCGCAUGGUCUCGAGUGGAGCUGCUCGUGCAUCUGCGGUGCAAAGGUCGGUUCAUCUGCUCUUCUCGGCUUCACACCAGAGAUCGGCGCUAUCGUUGAUGCCACGGUCGGGAUCCUCAUGGUGAAUGUCCAAAUUCAUAAAGCGAAUCUUGGUUGGAAGAAAAUGAGUAAAAUGUACCUUCGUCACGUAGUCUCAGAAGGCAUUGGCUUAAUCCCGAUCGCGGGCGAUGUCUGGAUUGCAUAUUAUAAAGUGAAUACCCGAAACUGCAUGGCGCUUGAAAGAGAGCUGGACAAACGUAUCGCACAACGCAGGGGAAAUGCUGGUCGAGUCUUGCAAUAGACUAGCAUCUAUUUACCUUGAUUCUGUUUACAGUUAAUUGGUUCCUUCUGAUGUACUGAGGAAAGUAUUAUUUGCACCUGUCUUGAUUCACCGGUGUAAUUCCGCCUUUUUCCAACCUUUAUGCCAAUGGGAUGUUGGCUGUUCUUUCGCAUUUAUACAGUAUAUUGACUUAGAACUUACACUUUCGUUUGGUAAAGAACUUCGACGAGAAAAGCAAGACCCUUAC